AUGCGGGGAACUUUCAGAGAGUUUGAGGUCGAUUUUACAAGCGGCGUCAAUGUCGGUGUUCCAGGUGUCUCCGCUGCGAUCGCCACGUCUAAAGGGACUAUAUGGCAGGAUUUUGCUGGUUUUGCGGUCUUGGAAAAGAAUAUACGAAUCGAUGACUCGACUUUAUUUGGGAUCGGAAGUAUCACCAAAGUAUUCGUGGCGGUUGUCAUCCUUCAACUCAUCGAAGAAAGUCAACUCAAUGUGUCGGACAAGAUCAGUGAUCAUUUAGACCAGGCCGAUUUAGCUGGCAUGGGUAAUGCUAAUAAUGCAACAAUUGGCGGUUUACUAAGUCAUACUGCUGGUAUCAAAAGUUGGGAAGAUGAUUUGGACUGGAUCACUGAAGCGAGAGGCAAAAAAUUGGACUCGAAAGCAAUUUGGGGCAAGAAAGAUACUUUAAAGUAUAUUAGACGGCCAUCCAGGCUUGAAACUGGUCGUUUCUCUUAUUCCAACACAAAUUACACUCUUUUGGGUUUGAUCGUCGAGAAAAUCACCGGUCACUCAGCCGAAAGCGAAAUCCGUCGGAGGAUACUCGAUCCUCUGAAUUUGAUAAACACAUUUCUGGAAGGGUUCGAAGACGGGGAAUCACGGAAAGAGAAUGUACCACAUCGAUAUCACUUUGCUAUAGAUAUGUUUCGCAAAACUGCAGGAGUCUGUCCAAGUUUCUCCGAGCAUAAGUGGAAGGAUGUAGAUCUUGUUAAUGCAAUCGCCGGUGGGAUGAUCUCCUCAACCCGUGACCUUCUCAAAUUUGCGAUCUCUCUCCGGGAUGGAAAGUUGCUUAGUCCCUCAUCUAUGGAUCUUCUCACAGCAUGGCAACCGGCCUCAUAA